AUGCAGAAAGUUGCCCAACUGCCGGAGACCACCAGCUCGGUUUGCUCAGGUAAUUGCAUCUGUACAAGCCCGGCAAUGAGGCGGGAUGAGAUCAUCAAGAACCUUCAGAAGAGAAUCAGUAGCAUUGGUGAAGGUAGCAAUGGGCUGUGCUUGGAGUGUUGGAUUGCCAAAAAGGAGACUAUCUUUGUCAGAAAAGGGUCUUGUGAAAAUGGACAUGGCCCUUUCAAGACCUUGAUAAUGACCGAAGAGCAUCGAGGGAAAUGGGAUGAGUUCUGGAUCCAACGUCAGCAUGAAGAAUCAGAGGAGCGAGUGCGUACAAACAUCAAGGCCCUGAUCGUGCUCGCACAACCUAUCAUGUACAUCUUCACCAAGUCAGCUAUGCGAAACGCGCUCUAUCUAUGGAUCGUUAGCACCAUCAUCGGGCUUGGGCAAGAUUAUGCUACCGCUUGGGGAGUAUUCAAUACGAUCCCGAUAGGGACUUAUCAUGGUGCCAGUGCAGGCAUUGCAGAAUUCGACCUUGACCUUCAUUGGGCAUCGAUGGGCCAUUGGGGCGAUAGGGACAACGGUCCUAGACAUCACAAGCAAUAG